UGCAGCCGGGAGAGGCGUCGGCGGCUCGGCGCCCCGCUUUCCUGCCGCGCUCCGGGGCGCCCGCGGGUCGGGAUCGGAGCCGGGGAUCGGCUGCCCACGGGGAGCAGCCACCGCCUGGCGCCUUUCGCCAGGCAGAAGCUCUGCAGCCUCUUGCAUCUUAUCAUGGCUGAGCCUGGAAGGCCGAAGCGCAUUUUGGUGACCGGCGGCUCAGGGCUGGUGGGGAAAGCCAUCGAGAAGGUGGUAGCGGACGGGGCAGGGCGGCCCGAUGAGGAGUGGAUCUUCUUGUCCUCUAAAGAUGCUGAUUUAACGAAUGCGGCACAGACCAAAGCCCUCUUUGAGAAGCACAGACCCACCCAUGUCAUUCACCUGGCAGCUAUGGUGGGAGGUCUCUUCAGGAACAUCAAAUACAACCUGGACUUCUGGAGAAGAAAUGUCCACAUCAACGACAACGUCCUGCAUUCGGCGUACGAGACUGGCGUUCAGAAAGUGGUCUCCUGCCUCUCCACUUGCAUAUUUCCUGACAAGACCACCUAUCCUAUUGACGAGACCAUGAUCCACAAUGGGCCCCCGCACGACUCCAAUUUUGGAUAUUCUUAUGCAAAGAGGAUGAUUGAUGUCCAGAACAGAGGCUAUUUUGCCCAAUACGGGUGUCGCUUCACGGCUGUCAUUCCCACCAAUGUCUUCGGGCCUCACGACAAUUACAACAUCGAGGACGGGCACGUUCUUCCAGGCCUCAUCCACAAAGUGUACUUGGCAAAAAAGAACGGCACACCCCUGACUGUUUGGGGGACAGGAAAACCGAGGAGGCAGUUCAUAUACUCUCUGGAUUUGGCUCGACUGUUCCUCUGGGUCUUGCGGGAGUAUGAUGAAGUGGAACCCGUCAUCUUGUCCGUUGGAGAAGAAGAUGAAGUCUCGAUACGGGAAGCAGCAGAGUGCAUUGUGGGAGCCAUGAACUUCAAGGGAGAGGUCCUUUUUGACACGGCCAAGUCUGACGGACAAUUCAAGAAGACAGCCAGCAAUGGCAAACUGAAGAAAUACCUGCCGGACUUCCAGUUCACCCCGUUCCAUCAAGCUGUGAAGGAUACUUGUGACUGGUUCUGUGCCAACUAUGACAGUGCCAGGAAAUAAGGAGAGGGACCAACGUGGUCAGAAAUAAGGACUGCCGCGGCUGUCCUUGUCCUUUCAGUAAACUCAGGGCUUCUUUUGCUGUAUCAAAGAAUUAGAAUAAAAUGGACAUUUGAGGUUGUGGAAGGGGAAAGACUACGAAGCCCUUCAUUUUCAAGGCAGGGGUAGUAGAUUUUUUUGGAAAUGGAGCAGGCUGAAUAUUCAAGGAUCAGUUCUUUGUAGCAUCUGUGCUUUUAGGGGUAGUAGUGAAGGGGACGCACCAAGCCUUUAAUCCAGUGUGCUCAGUGUUUGAGCUUUUUUGGGGAGGGGGGUAAUAUGAAACUACCCAGAAGUCUCGACUCCUGUCCCUUGGUACAGCGUCAAUGUCCUCUUGGUGGGAGAAAGUUGCUAACUAGAGGCAUGCACGAACAGGGAAAACGGUGCUUCAUUGUGGUUCAUGGUUCAUUGUGUUUCACGAACCACGAACUGGUAUGAAAUUGUAUUGUCGAAGGCUUUCACGGCCGGAGAACGAUGGUUGUUGGGGGUUUUCCGGGCUGUAUUGCCGUGGUCUUGGCAUUGUAGUUCCUG